UUAUUGCAACACCCACACUGAGCAAAAUUUCUUGGGAUUAUUUUGGAUUUUCCCGCAUCGUAAGAAAUAUGAAAAAUCAAUCACCUGCAUCGGCUCUCAAUAAUGCAGCAGACAUCUCCGUUAUUGUUGUUUACUUUGUGGUUGUCCUGGCUGUGGGAGUAUGGGCAAUGGUGCGUACCAAUCGAUCCACUGUGGGUGGCUUCUUCCUUGCAGGGAGGAGUAUGGUGUGGUGGCCGAUCGGGGCCUCACUCUUUGCUAGCAACAUUGGCAGCGUCCACUUCGUAGGGAUUGCUGGUACUGCUGCUGCCGCUGGCAUUGCCAUUUGUGGAUUUGAAUGGAACGCUCUUGUUCUUAUGGUCAUUCUCGGAUGGCUGUUUGUACCAAUCUACAUCAAAGCAGGGGUGGUCACCAUGCCCGAGUAUUUGAAGAAGAGGCUCGGAGGACAGCGUAUUCGUAUUUAUCUCUCCGUGCUCUCCCUCUUGCUGUACGCUUUCACUAAGAUCUCUGCCGACAUAUUCUCUGGUGCCAUUUUCAUCCAGCUGGCUCUUGGACUGAACAUCUACGUAGCUGUUAUCGCUCUACUGGCAAUUACUGCUCUAUACACCGUCACAGGUGGACUGGCUGCAGUGAUGUACACAGACACCUUACAGACCAUCAUCAUGCUUAUUGGAUCCUUCAUUCUCAUGGGUUUUGCUUUCAACGAAGUGGGAGGCUAUGAAAAUAUGAAGGACAGAUACAUGACUUCAGUUCCCUCAAUCACCGGUAACAUCAGCGCAGAGUGCUACCAGCCUCGGGAAGACGCCUUCCACCUUUUCAGGGAUCCAAUAAAUGGAGACCUACCCUGGCCUGCCCUGAUAUUUGGACUCACCGUUCAGACCAUCUGGUACUGGUGCACUGAUCAGGUGAUUGUCCAGCGUUGCCUCUCAGCCAAGAAUCUCUCUCAUGUUAAAGCAGGUUGCAUUUUAUGUGCCUACCUGAAGCUGUUGCCCAUGUUUCUCAUGGUCUUUCCUGGGAUGAUAAGCAGGAUCCUCUAUCCAGAUGUGGUGGCAUGUGUAGACCCAGAAGAAUGUCAGAAAUACUGUGGCUCUAGAGUGGCUUGCACAAACAUUGCUUAUCCCAAAUUGGUUGUGGAUCUUAUGCCAAACGGUCUCAGAGGUUUGAUGCUGUCAGUGAUGUUGGCCUCUUUAAUGAGCUCCCUCACUUCAAUAUUUAACAGUGCUAGUACUCUCUUCACCAUGGACAUUUAUACUAAGGUCCGUCCUCGUGCUAAAGAGAGGGAACUGAUGAUUGCUGGCAGGGUGUUUAUUGUGUUCCUCAUUGGUGUGAGCAUAGCCUGGAUCCCUGUGGUGCAGUCAGCCCAGAGUGGCCAGCUCUUCGACUACAUCCAGUCAAUCAUCAGCUAUCUAGCUCCACCUAUUUCUGCUGUCUUCCUUCUCGCCAUCUUUUGCAAGCGGGUCAAUGAACCAGGUGCCUUUUAUGGACUCAUCGUUGGUCUGAUUGUAGGUCUGACCAGGAUGAUCACUGAGUUUGUCUAUGGGACGGGGAACUGUGUUAGCCCUAGUAAUUGUCCUGCAGUCAUAUGUGGAGUGCACUACCUGUACUUUGGGCUGAUCUUGUUUACUAUCACCUGCAUCGUUAUAAUUGGAGUUUCUCUCAUAACCAAACCCAUCGACGAUAAGCAUUUGCAUAGACUGUGUUGGAGUCUGAGGGACAGCACUGAGGAGAGAGUCGACCUUGAGCAGGAUGACUGGGUUAACUAUGAGGAGGAUGAAAAGAAAAUGGAAGAACCUGAGGAAGAACCAGGAUUCUGCAAGAAAGCAGUAAUGUGCUUCUGCGGAUUGGAGAAAACAAAAGGACCAAAAAUGACUAAAGAGGAGGAGGCAGAGAUGAAGAGGAAGCUCACAGACACAACAGAAGAACCUCUCUGGAGGAACGUUGUUAAUGCAAACGCCAUCAUUCUCCUGACUGUGGCUGUUUUCUUUCAUGGAUACUUUGGUUAGACAAACUCAGCAUUAAAUACUCCUAAAUAUAAUAUAUUUUUUAGUAACAGUGUAACCUUGGUAUAAAAUAUGACCAUAAUAUCAAUGAGCCUGUAACUCUCUGAUACAACCUAAGGUACUUUCAAAUCUCUGAACUCUGUAUAUUUCAGCCUGCAUUGUAAGCUGAGUACUGACACAAGAGCAUUUUUAUUAUGUUUGUCAUCUUCAGUAAACCAGUGAAUCAAGUUAUAUCAUACACAUAAAACUUGUUAAAAGGAUAUAGACUUAAUACUCAAACAUUUGUCAUAACAUCUAUCCCCUCCCUGUUUGACGUGCUUGGAUGACCUCCAAGGAAGACUAUUGAUCAGAUGGUUGAAUAAUUUCAGUUGUCUACUUUUGACAAGUAAUUAUCUCUGGCGACAAAGCUUAUUUUUUUAUUUCAGAGGGUGACUUUCUGAGGUACCCAAUUUCUGUUGUUCUUUCUGUCAUGAUUUAUACAUGUUGGUCAUACAUGAGGGCUCAAAUUUAGGCUGACUGGUAAAUCAAGAACUUUUUAGGCUCAGCCUUUUCUUUGUCAUGACAGACUAGAGGAACAUUUGAGUAUGAACCAAGUGAGCACCUCAAGCAAGCUAUAUAUCUUUGGAUUAUCAACCCCAAGGGGUUUGAAAUUGUGUGUUUGAGGCUUCUUCAACUUAAAAAUUCAGUUCACUCUGUCCAGUGGAAAAACAACAGUCUUAGAUUUAGAAGAGAGGCUACCUAACACUCCAGUCCACAAUGAAGGUCAUGGCUUAAAGACACCAACAGUACCUCAUCAUCUGCAAAAAGGAUGUUGGGAUGUUGGAAAGGAGACAUUGUCUGACCCCUCACGGCUUGGAGUUUUCCUUUCUUAAAUAAAUACAUCACGACCAACCCAGUCUGGCACUGUGUGUGGUCCUGAUCUCCAUAAAACACCUAGAGGCCAGCAUGAAGUCUUUCUCAAUUGCCUUCUCUAUUUACAUAUUAUUUAACAUUAUUGUAAAUUUGUAGAUAUUCCCAGAUGACUGCUCAUCUUAAUGUUUGUUUUUGUUGUUGAUUUUGUUCAAAAGAGUUGGACUGCACUUGAGAGUUGAAGUAUAAAUUCAACACUUUUAAUGUUUCCUCUCUUUCAUAUUCACAUAGUGAUCUUGGUUGUAUAACUUCAUCUCUGAUUAACUGGAUGACACCAGUAUCUGCACUCUUAAUAAAUGUUUUAUUAUAGAUGGAGAAUUUUUGUAA